GAUCUUGCGUCUUUUCAGAUUUUCCGACAACAUCACAAAAAAAAAAAUCUCUUUUUUCCGUGUCUCUGUCCCUCUCUCUGCAGACUUUUAAAUGGAGCGGUAUGGUCGCGCCGGUGAGGAAGGGUCGCGAUCGGAUCCAUCGUUUGAAUGGACCUUUCAUGGAGGCGAAACCGGAGUCGACGCUUCGAUGUGGCGUUAGGGUUAAGCGGCGGCGGAGCUGGUGGAGGAGGAGGAGGAGGAGGAGGAGGAGGAGGAGGAGAAACGUAUCCGGAGCGACCAAUGAGCCUGAUUGUAUUUAUUACUCGCGUACCGGCGUUUGUGGGUACGGGUCAAGAUGUUGGUUUAAUCACCCACGAGAUCGUGGAGCAACGUUAUUGGAGGUGUGAGAGAGGAGGAGAUGGAGCUUUACCGGAGAGAUGGGACAACCGGUUUGUCAGGUAUCAUCAUCCCAGACAAGGAAGUGUCUUCGUCGCGCCUGUCUCUCUAAGUUACUUGGGAUAUCCGUUACGUCUGGGAGAGAAAGAGUGUUCUUACUACAUGAGAACCGGCCAGUGUAAAUUCGGUUUAAUCUGUAAAUUCAAUCAUCAUGUGCCUCAGCAGCACAAGUGGACAAACUUCCGAAACCCAGACAACAUAAAAGGCUUAUCGCCAACCACAAUGGUACUUGCGAUGAUGGGAAACGGUCUUAUGAUCCCAGGGGCACUAUUUAUCCACGAUUUGAUGUGAUAAAAGCUAAGCUUUCUCAACUAAAAGCCUUUAAGCUUAAACUAUAGUUCUUUCACACAUAGUAACAUUGUUCAUUAAACUGUAAUACAGGUUCAUCGGUUCAAUAUGGGCAACUCUCUGUUAUGGAUAUGGAACAUUUUGUGCUUAUACAUGUUAAACUGCACCAGCAAAUCAUUCUUUGUUGCGGCCACAAUUGGUUUGAUCUCAUGGAUAGGUUCAUAACACUCUUACAUCAUCAUCCUUUGUUAC